AUGCCUGCCGAAAACACGAAAAAAAAGUUCAAAAAACAAAAGAUACUAAAAACGCGGGAAUUGGCUCCACCGCAAUUUUCGCUGAUCUUUGGCCGUAUCGACCGGGCAACUCAACAUGUUUUCAAAAAUGGUAUGAAAUACGUUCCGUUAUAUCUCUCCAUCGUCCCACAUAUGUCACGUUCAAGAUUCUUGUCGCUCUCCACGGAUGUAGCUACUGCGAGCGUUGGUGCUGGCCAAGGUUCCAGCAAAUAG